GUUUUCCUUUUGCAGGAUCUGGUCCGCUCAUCUCGAUUCUCAGUGUGUGUAGCCAGGUUUUAUUUCUGAAUUACGAAACGGAAUAUAUUGUCCAGAAGCGGAACCUUGCGGUUCAGAAUCGGGGAGGAUAGAAACCAGAGGCUUGAAGUUCCUGCCCGGUCACUCACACAAGGAACCCAACGGGUCACAGGAAGGUUCAGCAUCCUUCAACCAUGACCCCUCUCUCUCUCUCUCUCGAUCGAAACGGAGAGCCCAGGAGCGACGGAAGCGCGGGGCGCUCACGUGCCCUUCACAUAAUACACUCGUGUUGCUGUGUUUUUUCGCCCCGAUUAAAACGUCCCAAGCCGCCUAGGGACGCCGAAGGGCGGGCACCUCGACGUUUUCGAAACAGGCGCGGGAACCCCCUGGUCUAAUCUGAACUACAUUUCCCAGCAGCCCCGACGCCGGCGGUGUGAACGAGCACGGGUUGCCGCUAGCGACGAGCACAGACAACAUCCGGCUCCCUCGCUUGACAACAGCACGCGACAGACGCGGAAACUUCGAAGGUUCGGUAGCCGCUGCCUCGGGGGGGUGGGCGCCAAGCCCCGCCCCCUUCCAACCCCGGCGGCGCCCCCUGAUUGGAUGUUGCUUGGGCGAGAGGGAACGUCUGAGCUGCUUGGCGGCUGCCGUCACAAAGGCUCCGGAGCGGCGGAGCGGCGAAUGAAAUCCAUGAAUCAUGAAUGACAGCACACAGUUCUCGUGUUCAGAGCUAACGUGACUUGAAGGGUAGCUCAGCAGUGCCCCAUGCUUCACAGCUUUCUUUCCAGGGAGAGGUGCAAGAGAGUUAUCUAGAAUGGCCAGCAAAAAGGAACCUCCCUUUUUCAAUGACAAUAAUGUAGGACCCUGCCAUUGCAAACUUACAUUCCAUGAGACCAUGGAGCUCUUCAUUGAAACUCUCACGGGAACAUACUUUGAGCUUCGUGUGUCUCCUUUUGAAACAGUUAUUUCCGUGAAAAUUAAAAUCCAGAGAUUGGAAGGUAUUCCUGUAUCUCAGCAGCACCUAAUCUGGAAUAACAUGGAAUUGGAAGAUGAUUAUUGCCUGAUUGAUUAUGGCAUUUCAGAAGGUUGCACUUUGAAGUUGAUACUGGCAAUGCGAGGUGGACCUAUUAAUACUAAAAAAGUUUCUAUGGAAGACCCAGUCAGGGACAUAACGGAAUACAUGGAUCCCAUUCGAGAUGAGGUCUGGGAGAAAGUUCCCUCCAGCAAACAGGUUACCUUUUUAGUAUAUCGGGAAGGAGAACAGUUGAAUUUUUUUCGUAUUGUUGACAGAGGAGAUGGAACAUUAACUCCACUGACGGAAUCUUUAAGUGGUGGUUCCAUUUAUAAUUUACAUGCUGCUCCUGAUGACGAUUCAGAGGCAUCUCUUUCUGGUCAGCGAAUAAUUGAGAACUCCAUCACAAUGAAUAAAAUGAAGCUGCUCAAAGCAAAGAUGGAGAACAUCAAUCUCAACAAACAGCCUAAAAAAAUUCUCAGAGCGAAUCCCCAUCCUCCAACGGUUCCUUGUCCAUCUGGUACCUCAGUGGUGCCUGCACAUCACAAAUUACUACGAGCUCUCCCUCAGAUUGGGCAGUCCUCCCCGGGUUCUGGGAAUGUCUUCUGGGAAUAUCCAGAAAUGUCUCAAAAGGCACUUUCAGGCUUGGUCACGAGUGAGAGAAGGGCGCCUUCCAGUACUCGUGACUUUAUGAAGGAAUGUAACAAGUGGGAAAGAGUUUGCCAACCACAGUCUGUCGGUAGUCCUAGGCUGCCGCCUCAGCUGUUAGGUGUGGAAAAAGAAGAUACGAAGCUGUCAGAAAACCUAGAUCCUCCAGCUGCUGUUGCACUUAAACAUUCUGGAAAAAAUGUAGAAACUAGUGCAGCAACAGACAGAGUAUUGUAUGGAAGUAUCACAAAUGUAAACCAGAGUCCUGCAGAAGAAAAGGUUCUACCAAGCACGGAUACACUUGCUUUGUUAACAAAAGCCAACUUUGUUGAACCACGCCGUGAAUUGUGUGGAACAGAGCUCCAGGUAUCUGAGGGGGAUGAGUUCUCAGUCACCACAGAACAGCCUAAAGAAUCUGUUACAAAACUUACUGCCUCUGCAGCAACAGAUACUAGUAUUUUUAGCUUCCAUGAGCUAAGUUCUCGGAAAACUACUCAUUUGUCACCCCUUCACUGUUCUACCCAGACGGUGUACUGCAGCUCUCUAAAACCUCAGACUCAAUCAAAGUGCGUUGAAGUUGGUAACUUGAGGUCAGCUGCUCCAUCAAAUAUUCCACAAUUGUCAGAUGUGAACAAUUUAGUAGAUUCUGCUAGUCCAAGGACUUUGAGAGUUCAUGGCAUCAGUAGAGAUUCACCUUGCAAAAAAACUAAUAUCCUUUCUAAAAAGGAGGCAAGAGGAAUCUCAGAAAUGGGCAUCAAAGCAUCAAAAGAUCCUAUUGUUUCUGCAAAUAAUCUUGGACUUCUAAGUUCAUUGACACGAAGUACAAACAGAGAUGGAUUACAGAACUCUUACGGUACAAGCAGAUUUCGGACAUCUGGUCUUGCACUGUCUACAGAUCUCCAGUAUUUUCCUGAAGAAAGUUUUGGCAUGGUCUCUCCCCACAAUGACAUACCUGGAUAUGUUUUGUCUUCUGGGCUUGGAUUGAAUGGAAAUUUUGUGACUACAGGGAAAAGAAUAGCAGGUAAUGCAACUCAUCUGCCUCCUGUGAACGGUUCACUUCAGUCUAAAAAGAAAACUGCAAAGCAUUGUUUUUUCUGUGGAAAGAAAACAGGAUUAGCGACCAGCUAUGAAUGUAGAUGUGGAAACAACUUCUGCGCAACUCAUCGCUAUGCAGAGACUCAUACCUGUACUUAUGACUACAAGAAUGCAGGACGGAGGUACUUGCAGGAGUCCAAUCCAGUGAUAAGUGCACCGAAGCUUCCCAAAAUCUGAGCAUGGGUAUACGGCUUGCCUAUCUCUUUGAGUGGAAUCCUGGUACACUGAGAGAAACGCAGUGGUUUGAACUGGUUUUCUUUUGCUGUGCUCCAAAUGUAACUACGCCAAGCAUCAAAAUCAGAUGAGGUUGCAUAAUGUUGAAGAGUAAUGUGAACACUACUGUAAUUGACACCUUUUAUUCUUCAGUGAAGCAAAAAUCUAAAGUGUAGUUUUUGAAAAUGUACAUUCUCAUCCAUUAUCUCUUGUGUUCGUUCUUUUAUAUUUGACAAUGCUCUUUCACUAGACAAAUCUUUUAAGAGAUACACUUUAUUAAUACAUAUUUUAUAUUGAGUCUUAAGAGGGUGCUAUAAUGAAAAUGGCAAACACCCCAGUGAAGUAUCUCUUCUGUAUUCUACUUUGGUUGUUUGGUCCACUCUGGGGUAUCUUAAGUUAUUUUAGCAUAAACUUCCCCAUUAUACUGAGCCAGGCUAUUCACAGUUUAGGGAAUUCUCUGCUGUACAAAGUCCCAUUCAGAUUAUCAUUCAUGUCUAUUUAUUCUGGAAGUAACAUGUUAAUUUUGGUAUCCAGCAGAUAUUUGUUACAAAAAGCAAAGGUUCUCUGGGCAUUGAACAGAAAAACAGACAUUUUACCAUUUCCAGCACUAAUUUUUUUAAGAGACUUUACGUCUUGGCGUGUUCAGAUAUUUUAUUAUAUUGCUAGAAAAAUUCUAAUAAAUAUUAAGUAUUUUACACAGAACAGCUGAUCUACUCUUUUCCAGGAUGCUGGCAUGUUAGUUAAGGAAUUCUGCUCCCAUUACCAUGUCUAAAAGAUACAAAGGCUGGCCUACAAUGCCUAAUGUGGAAAGUAAGUCUAGUGGUCAUUCUCCCCAGGUUGCAGUUCCAUCACUAUCUUCUCAUGCCCUCUCUUACAUUGUCUAAAAUCCUAUUGCCAAUGUAACAUAAAUCAUGUAACUUGAAGGCAAACUCAUACCUAAUUGGGAAACUCUACAUACAUUGUAUAAUGUCUGCAUUGACAUUGUAAGUUGGAACAAUUCAUUGUCAAAAGUUAUACUGUUUGAAUUGUGCCAACAAAAAGAUGUUGGCAAGAAUAUGUUAGAUGUCAGAAUGGAUGCCUCGUACCUCCUGUCUACAGUCCUGCCCUUUAUUCUUUUCCCACGCUUCCUUAUCAAACAAAAUCCUGCAUGUAUACAUUUUGCAUAUACUGUACAUAGACUUCUCUAGGUUCUCUCAAAUAUGGGGUAUGUCACCCAACAAUAAUGGCCACCUGAGAAGAGUGCCCUUUGCGCAAUUGGGAAACAAGAUCAGUAUUACUUUUAAACUGCCUUACAAUCAAUACAGUCAAGUGAGGGGGAGUACACCCUCUUUGAAUUCUAUGGUUUUACAUAUCAGGACAUAAUAAAAACCAUCUGGUCCUUGGCAAGUCUGAAAAUUAGAUAAAUACAACCUCAGAUUAAUAGCAAUGCAUAACAUAUUAUACCCUUUCAUGAUUUAUUUUAAAAAAAUAAAGCUAAAAUGGAGUG